AUGCUCCAAGUCGUUGGCAUGAUGAUGACGUCGCUAUCGACGCAGUAUUAUCAGAUUCUGCUAGCACAGGGCAUCUGCACCUCCCUAGGCAUGUCUGCGAUAUACGUACCAGCUACCGCACUAAUAGCGGGCUGGUUUAGCAAACGGCGCGGCAUGGCAUAUGGCAUCGCGACGAGCGGUUCGAGUUUUGGCGGCGUGGUUCUACCCAUUAUGAUCCGUGAGCUUAUUCCAAGAGUUGGUUUCGCGUGGGCAAUGCGUGCCUCUGCAUUUCUUGUGCUUGGGAUGCUUGUCGUCGCAAACUUGACAGCUGCUGCUUGCCAGCCCCCCAACCCGAGUCCUCUAUCACGAAAGGCCUUGCUUGGUCCUUUUAUUGAUCUCAAAUUGAUGCUUGUGAAUUUGGGGUUUCUGAUAUUGACCUUUGGCGUCUUUAUCCCGAUUAAUUAUAUUACGGUCGAGGCUGUGACACAUGGUAUCGAUCCCGACCUGGCGCAUUAUCUGGUUGCGACGAUGAAUGCCGGCAGCCUCUUUGGCCGUGUUUUCGCAGGCCUGAUUGCUGAUAUUGCUGGCGUUUACAAUACAUUUACUUCUGUUUCCGCGGUGGCCGGCAUCUUGGUGCUUGCAUUUUACAUUCCCGCCUCGAGCACUGCUGCCAUCUUUGUGUUUUCCGUCUUGUUUGGGUUCACGUCGGGGGCGUACAUUGCUCUGAUUGCUCCGCUAAUUGUCAAGAUAUCACCGCUGUCUGAGUCUGGCUAUCGCAUUGGGCUUCUCUUCUUUCUCUCGUCUGUGAGCGCUCUCGUCACGAAUCCGAUUGGCGGUGCGAUUGUAGAGAGAUGGCAUGGAGACUACACGGGUAUGAAGAUCUAUUCUGGCAUUAUGAUGCUUGUUGGUGCGGCUGUUAUUUUCUUGUCUCGGCUGAUAGCGACAAAUUGGGAAGUUUUUGUCGUGUUUUAA